UUCUUUCUUUUUUUUUAGAGUUCAGUAUACCAGAAAACUUAUGCCAAGAAGGAUAUCAACACAAAAAAGCGAGAUGAAUUCUGGGCAAAAACUGAGGAAGAAGAAAAGAAACGUCAACAAGAGGAUCGAGACAGGUUAGUGAAGGAGAAAGACAAACUUGAACAAGAUCGGAAGAAACGAGAGGAACAAGAAACAGCAGAGCGUGAGAAGAAGAUCCGAGAGAAGAUGAAAGUAAUCAAUCAACAAAAGGUUUAUGAAUCGAAGACCAAGACUACAGCAAAUAAACAGGAAGAGAAGGAGAAUUGGGCUAAAGUGCAGGCGGAGUGUAAGAAAGAUGAAGAAGAGAGAAGAAUGCGCAGUGAAUCCCUACGUAAGGAAAGAGUCGCUGAGGCACAGAAUGUGGUGUCUAACAAGACCCAGAGUAAACGGGCUUUAUUUGAGCAGAGAUCCCGAGAAGUGGAAUAUGACCCAGCACCAGGUCCUCCACGUAGGCAAUCACUGGAUCAUUAUGUCGACGGCUAUAAUGAACCGACGAGUCCUGAGCCCAUCUCCCCAACAGGCCCUCCGCCUCAGGUGCCUCCCAGCCUACAGUCAUCGCGCCAUGACGGCUACGAAGUGCCAGUCAGCCGACGACAUCUACAGCAAGAGCAGCAGCAGCAUCAUACUCCCUCGGUUCCUCUCCCGCAACCAGUGGCCCCUGCGGUUCAGAUGAGAGCUAUCUCACCCCAACCGGAACCCGCUGACACCGCCAUCAAUCUAUUACGGGACAGCCUGCCCAGACGGCAGACUGAUGACGACGACGACGAUGACGAUGAUGAUGAGGACGAGGAUGACGAUAUGGAGUAUGACGCUAUGACCAUUAAGAGAAAAGUUCCUGUAGCCAAGGAAGUGCCCGAGCCGGAACCUGAACAGCCAGCAGAAACAGAGGAAGAAUUCCCACCCAAAGACAAAGGAAUGUGUGUGAGGGCAUUGUAUGACUAUCAAGCAGCUGAUGACACAGAAAUUUCUUUCGACCCUGAUGACGUCAUCACCAAUGUCGAGCAAUUUGAUGAAGGUUGGUGGAAUGGUAUUUCACCAAGUGGAGAGUAUGGAAUGUUCCCAGCCAACUAUGUAGAGGUUAUUUAAACCAAACACAACACCCUUUUCAUCUGCAAAUGAUGAUGAUGAUGUUGAUUAUUAUUAUUAUGAUUAAUUUCAUUAUUAUUAUGCAAAAAAUCAUUAUUGUUAAUUACCAUAUAAUAUCAUAAUUAUCAUGAUCAUAAUUAUUAUGUUUAUUAUUAUUAUUAUCAUUAUUAUUAUUAUUAUUUAUACAAUCAUGUUAUUAAAAGUAGUAGAUUUGCUAAAGCAUUGGAGAGCAUUGAAUAAAACACCUUGCAGUAUUUAGAUAUUUACCUGCAUGUUAUGAGUUCAGAAUUAUCCAAGGUCCACUUUCUGCCAACCAAAUUCACUCUCAAAGCUUUGGUUGGCCUGGGGCUAUAGCAGAGAGCACCUGCUUCAAAGUACCCUCUACUACAGCAAACUUCUAAGCCAUAUCCGUACCUCUGUGCUGUGGGUCUGCAUCCAGAAUCAUGAACCAUAUCUGCAAAACACAACUAAGGAAGCCUCUUCAUAGAAACAGAAAUGCUCAUCUGUCUGUUUUACAUCCUCGUUUUCAUGCCGGCAUUUGUCUGAGGAACACAUAUUACUGAGGCAUUGAUUCAAGUAUGUACGUAUAAAUAUCUAUGUCUGCUUCUUUGUUCAAUUUACAUCCUUUCUUCCAUGCUAGCAUUGAUUGGGGGAAAACCUAUUACUUAGGCAUUGUUUGACAGCUGGAU